AUGGGGCUGUCUGUUUUUAGUUCUUUUGUCGUUGUCUUCUUGGUGGUUUUGGUCGAUAUUCAAGCGGGUUUUGUCGAAGGUGACGUGUAUGGCAAGAAUUAUAUUAGUUGGGAAGAUCUGAAGGUAGAUGAGCAUGAGGCAGGAUUGAACACUAGAGAUGCUACAUAUGAACAAAGUCGGAUUAUCAUGGUCGACAAGAAUGGUGGGGGAGAUUCUCUGACGGUUCAGGGAGCAGUCGAUAUGGUUCCAGAGCAUAAUACCCAAAGAGUGAAAAUCUUUAUUCACCCAGGAAUAUACAGAGAGAAGGUCUUCGUGCCAAGUUCCAAGCCAUAUAUUUCAUUCAUUGGUGACCAGAAUCGAACGUCCGAUACCAUAAUUACUUGGAACAAUAAAGCAUCCGAUAAAGAUCGCAACGGAGUUCAACUCGGAACCUAUAGAUCGGCUUCUGUAGCUAUAGAAUCCGAUUACUUCUGCGCUACAGGAAUCACUUUUGAGAACACAGUAAUUGCUGUGCCAGGAGGAUAUGGAAUGCAAGCAGUAGCACUCAGAAUAGCUGGUGAUAAAGCAGUGUUCUACAGAGUCAGGAUUUUGGGGACGCAGGACACUCUCUUGGAUGACACUGGAUCACACUACUUCUACCAGUGUCAUAUUCAAGGAAGUGUAGACUUCAUAUUUGGAACGUCGAGGUCACUCUAUCAGGAAUGCGUCAUUGAAUCAAUAGCUAAGAAUUGGGGGGCAAUUGCAGCUCAUCACAGGGAUUCACCUAAUGAAAAUACUGGGUUCUCUUUUGUAAACUGCAACAUCACUGGAACUGGCAGCAUUCUUUUGGGAAGAGCUUGGGGAAACUAUUCGAGAGCAGUCUACUCAUAUUGCAAUAUAGAUGAUAUCGUAACUUCCUCAGGAUGGAGUGACUGGAAACACCCAUCCAGGCAGAAGACGGUGGUGUUUGGGGAAUACCAGUGCAGGGGCAGAGGAGCAGAUACGAGAGGUCGUGUAUCAUGGUCCAAGUCUUUCAGUUAUGAGGAAGUUCAGCCUUUCCUAGACAAGAAAUUCAUAAGUGGAGAACAAUGGCUUAGACUUUAGUGCUUGAUUCUCUCACAUAGCUUGUUCAUUUCUUUAUCAUUUCUCUAUCAUAUAUUCAUCCUCCUAUA